AUGCACAUCGAUGCACACACUGCCUUGCACAACCUCAUGCUACCGCCGCCACCAAGGAUCUUGGAACAGAACGGGCCAGAAGUCACGUUACCUCAAGGCCUCGUCCCUGCAGCAGCUGCUGUUUCCCCUCAAUCCAUUCAUCUUCAGCCUGGUUCUUCCCCCUCCUCAACAAUAGCGCUUUCGAUGUCAACCCGUUUUCUCGCCGCAACCACCCGCUCUACAAUAAGCACUGGAGCUACCAUCAUCUACAAAUUCAUCGACUCGUACGCCUCCGCAUCCGACCAGUGGCGGUCCCUUGCCACGAGGCUGAAAUGGGACCUUCGAGUAAUCGGCCAAUUCACACAGUACUACGAGAAACGCAUCAAAGGGGACGGCUCCCUGUCUCCCGAGGAUGCUGAGCUCCUCGACAGCAGCGCCCUCUACCUGAGCGGGCUCGCAGCCAGAAUCACCAGCAUCGCACAGCGUCUCGAGUCCAAAAGCCGGUUCCGGAGAGAGCUGAACAAGGCGCUAUGGUGGCAUCGCGAGGACGAGGUCCGCGAGCUGGAGGAAGAGCUCUUCGAGUGGACGACAAGGUUGGAUCUGCGGCUCGUCGGCCUGCCGAGCGGGCUCAAGACAGCGAUCAAACUCGACGGCCAGGCGAUCAGCAACACACCCAACUUUGCCGCUAGCCGGCACAUCGAGAGCCUCAAAGCCAUGACUGAGAAAGCUGGGCAGGCCGUGGUGGCCAAUAAUAUCUUCCACGAGGGCGUUGACGACUUCAUCAACAGCAUCAACCCGAGGAACCACGAGAGAUUUCAAGCUAUUGGGGACGCAGGCAGGCAGGUCCUCGUCGAGCGCCGGUUCCACAGGCACCCAAAGGACUCGGCCGAAUGGAAAGAGCUAAAGGCCGGGCUUGUCCGCCUCGCUAGCGCGCUGAACUGCCUCGACGGCACAACCGUGAGUCUGCUACGCUGCAACCAUCUCUUUGAAGACUCCCGGGAUCCCCUGGCGCCAAACUUCUCCCUCGUCAACUCCGUCCCCUUCCCAGUAAGAUCCAAGUGCCCGGUCCUAAAGUCCCUGAUCACCAGGACUCAGGGCAAGGUCCGGCUGCCGGCGAACCACUCGCUCAGCGAACGGUACGGGCUAGCCCAGUCCCUUGCAACGGCUGUCUUCUUUCUCCACAGCGUGGGCUUCUUACACCACAACGUCACCUCACACAACGUCUUGAUGCUAUACAGACUAGGGGCGCCGGCCCAGAAGCAGUUCCCUUACUCCCUCGGCACUCCGUUCCUGGUUGGCUUCGAGGAGGUCAAGGAGUUCCACACCUUGAGCGAUCAGCGAGAGGCAUCCGACCCGGACAUCCUCUACCAGCAUCCUGACCGGCUGCUCGAGACGGGGCGGCCGAAGUAUGGACCGGAGCACGACAUAUAUAGCCUUGGCAUGGUGAUGCUUGAGGUGGGCAUAUGGCGGCCUCUAGAGCGAUACACAGCGGAUCUUUUGGAUCUCGCAAGAAGAGGCACAACGAUUUCGGAGCUCAUCAGGUUGGUCGACGUCUCCAUGGGUGCCAGGUUCAGGAAGGUAGUCGAGUGGUGUUUGAACUUGGAGACGAGCUCACAGGUCGAUCCAAUUCGCCUGUCGAGAGAGGUACUCGAGCCGUUAGAAGAGAUGGCAUCGUCUUUGAGAUGA